GAACACCUUAACCUCUAGGCCAUGAGCAAGAUCUCCCCAGCCCGUCGUCCUGUACAUUGGUUUGUAUAAAGUUAAAGGAGAAGGUAGGUAGCAUUAUCUUCUUAUUUGAAUAUUAUCAAUGAAAUAAUACAUUCCUGGCAGAUUGAAGCAUUUAAUUCAUGAUUGUCUACAAACACGCAGUAAACGAUAGGUUAUAUCUUCUUUUCAGGUAUGAUUUAAAACCAUUCGUUUCUUUUCAGGUUCCAGUGAUAAUAUAAAAACCGACACCAUCAUGGAUAGAACGCGUGCAUUCAGACCCUCUGAGAUUUUCUUCACCAAUGAAAUGCGAGCGAUUUCUGAACUUGUCAUGGACUUUAUCUUCUCUUUCGUCAUUGCCAUUGUUGGAGUAAUCUCUAACAUGCUUGUCAUCGUUGUCUUCGCCAAACAAGGUUUCAGCGAGAGCGUAAAUAUCUCCAUGACAACCAUUGCUUUGUGGGACUUCGCCAAGUGUCUGGGCGGCGCGAUGCAAAGAAUGGCAGGCCCUAUAAAGCUCUUGUCCAAGGCAGACGCCGAGAGCUGGACCAACAUCUCAGUGGUUAUCUUCAAUUAUCUGAUCUGUUUCUCUAGCUACGUGACCAGUGCCUUGGCAGCGUACGUCGCCGUGGAAAGAUGUCUUUGUGUGAGCAUUCCCUUCAAGGUCAAGUGGCUUCUCACGCCCAAAGUUACUCUAAUCGUCUGCAUUGGGAUCUCUGUUGUCGUAUUUGGAUCAUUCGUUGUAAUUUACGGCAUAUACGACAUUUACUGGCUGUACAACCCAACGUAUAACACAACAACAGCCUUCUACAGGUACAACGACUUUUUCUACGAGCACAGAGGACCACUUUUUGAAUACUAUAACUUGUCGGGCAUCAUCUGGCCGACUGUUAGUUUUGUCGUAAUUGUCGUCUCCACUUCUAUCAUUGUAUCAAAACUGAGAGAAGGUUCAAAGUUCAGGGCCAGUAACGCUGACGUGGUAGGAAAAUCUGAUAGCGGUUCCCAACUGUCUUCUCGGGACAGGCAGGUGGUCAAGAUGCUUGUGGUCAUCAUCGGCGUCUACGUGUUCAACCUUUCACCAAGAAUAGCUUUGUACAUGGCCAAAUAUUUCAUUUAUGAAUUUUAUUUCCUGAGAGAGUAUCACAACCUCUUUGUGUUUGUAUGCUAUUUUCUUUGGGUUUUUGAUUUACUGAAUGGGGCGAUAAAUUUUUUCAUAUUCUACAAAAUGAGCACAUCGUUUCGGGACACUUUUUUACGCCUAAUCUGCCUUCGCAAACCUCAGGCAGACAGCAACAAACCUGUCAACAAACAGAGCGUUACCCACACGACCUCAGGAGUUUGAUCCAAGAGCUUCAUGAAAGCCAAGACUCCAACAAUUCGACCGUUCUGACCCCGCAUCUUGUACUGAGAACACAGGGUUGUGGAACCUUCUUUCCUCUUUUAUAAUUUCCGUUAGAACUCACAUUGACUCAAAUGGAAUUUAUAGGUAGCCGUAAACAAAGACAUCCCCAUCAUUAUAAUAUACCCGGUACACCCUAAUCUCACCCCCUUAUAUUUGUUAAUAUCUUUGCUUGUUAAAAGGCGGUUUUUAUAAUUUCACAAUACCCAUUUAAAAGGUUAAAUGCCACCCGUUUUGUUUACUCAUAAUUAUUUUUAAAAUCUGUCUCUCAGUCUACUCAGUGUGGGUCACGACUCACGAUCUGACCAUGAUUUCGUUUUGCCUCUUUCCCCAGCCACUCGUAAACCCAACUUGUAGAAAGGACCACACUCAGAAUCAUGCUCUCGCACAAGGACCUAUCAUUGCGCUAAUUUGGUAUGUUCUACCUUUUUCAGCUAACGGGCUGCUAGAGCGCCCACAGCUCGCUGUAACCCUGUGAAUAGAUUUUUUUUCUGAAUAAAUCUGCCGAAGUCACC